AUGAAAAAUCUGUAAAAAGGAUAUCUAGAACUUAAUCAGAUUUGGCUUAAUAGAUAGUAUUGAUAUAAAGUAAAAUAAGAGAGUAUGAUGCUCAUAAGAAAAGGCUGGAAUAAAAUUAUCGAUAGCAGAGUCUUCCAAAAGAUUAUCGAAUUCAUGAGCAAGUCAAAAAAACUUAGUUUAUAAAUAAUAGAAAACGGGAACUAAUGAAAUGGUAGACAAUUUAAGAAUAAAAUACAUAAAUACAUGCAAGACUUGUUAAAAUAAGUAAUCGUUCCCCUACAGUAUUUCAAAAUUUAAAUUGGAAAGCCUCCCAGUCAGUGUGGUACCCCUAGAGGUAAAAGAUCCUUAAAAGAGCAAAAACUACGUAUAGAAAGUGAAAAUAAAAGAUUUUUCAGAAAGAUAAAUGACAUGUAUAAUUCAAAUUAUUAUGAUUUUAGAUAAUCUAACCUAAAAUAAGAAAAUUUUCAAGAUUCAUACGUGAAGCAUAAAAAGAUAUAAUAAAAUAUGUAGAAAUUUUAUUUUGAUUAUAAAUUAUAAAAAAUUAAACUAAGAGUUGAUGCAUAUUUGGAUAAUAUAAAUCUGUAAAAAUUAUAAGUAAGAUCAUUAAGUUUAUACGAAAAUCCAAGAACCAAAAAAUCAAACUGA